AUGCAUUUUUCAAAAUAUAUUUCCCCAACAAAAAUUACACAAAAUAAAUAUUUUUAUUCUAAAUUUAGUAAUUUCAUUAAAAAGAACUUUUAUAUUUUCAAAAAAAAAGUCUUAAAAGAGAAUUUGAAAAAUAAGUUAUUUUUUAAAAAAAAUAAUGAAAAUAACUUACAAGAAAAAAAUAUUAUAGAAACAAAAAGUUUUUUAAAUGAUUUAUUAAGUUACAACAAUUCAACUCGUUUAAAAUCAAAUGAUAAAAGCAAUAACUUAAAAUUCCAAAAUUUCCAUUUAAGUGAACAGCUUAUAAUUUAUAAUAUAAUUUUAAAAAAUAAUUUAAUAGAAAAUAUAGAAAUAGAAAUAUUAUUCAAAAAAAAUAAUAUUACAGUAAAUGAAAUUGAGAACUUUUAUUACCUUGAAAUUUUUUACAAAAGAUUAAAAAGCAAUAAAAUAGAAAAUAAAUUAAUAAAUUUAUACAGGAGUAAAAUUAAUAAUAUAUAUAGUAAUUUGUUAUUUUAUCACUUCAAUCAAAAAGGGAAUAAUUUUUUGCUACAUAAUAAUAUCUAUAAGCAAUUUUCUCAUGUUCUUUACUUUAUUAUUCAUGAAAUAUUAAACAUUAACAUUUUAUUAUUUAAAAAAAAAAUUACAAAAUCAGAAUAUGUAAAAAAAAAAUUUUAUAAAGUAAGUGAAACAGAAAAGCUCAUUCAAAAUUAUAUAUUUAAAUUAUUGAACAAUUUUUUUAUAAAUAACUUUCUAUUAUUGUUUAGAAAUCCAUCUAAUAAUUUAACUAAACAUAAUGAAGGUACAUUUUUAAAAAGAGACAGCAUAACUAAAAACAGAAAAUACUUUGAAAAAAAUGAAAACAGAAUUAAUGAGAAACAACUAUUUUAUAUUAAUAAAUUGAACAAAAACAAAAUAAAAUUAGAUCUAAGUAAAAGUAACAAAAAUAAUACUUAUGAUUUUAGAAGAACCAUAGAGUAUUCUUAUAAGUAUGCUAACAAAAAGGUAAAAAAAAAAAACUGUUUUAAAUUUAAAUUAGAUUUUAAAAAAAAACAUCAUUGUCUAUGUAAGCAAAGAUCCAAUAUUCAAAUAUUUGAAGAUUUUAAUAUUCUAAAAUUGAAUAGUAUAUUUUUAAAAGCAAAAAAUGGAAAUAACAGCGAUCUAUUAAAAAUUACAUUUAAAGAAUUUCUUAUUAUACUAUCAAGAAAGCGUAAAGAUAGAAAAAAUUUCCUAUCAUCUAUAAUAAAAUGCUAUGCACAUUUUUUUACUUUUAGUGAUAUAUUUAUUGUUGAUAAAGAAAAUGUAAAUAAAUUUUUUUUUUUUUUUUAUUACCAUUCUUUAAAUAGUGGUUAUACUAUUUUUUUCCAUAAUAGGACUAAUAUAAAUAUGUCAAAAAAAAACAGUAUAGAAAAAAAAAGAAAAGGAAAAAUAAAAUCAUUUAAUUAUAAUACUAUUACAAAUUUUUUAAAAAGGAAAAAAUUGAAAAAAAAAAAAAAAAACCAGUAUUUUAUUAAUUUAAAUAAUAACAAAUUAAAAAAUAACAGUUCUGAUAAUUACAUACUUUUAUUUUUAUAUGAUUUGAUCUUUAAUAUGAAUUUCCAUUUUAAUAAUUAUUUAAAAUAUAAAUACAGUAUUAAGAAUAUUGAUAAAAAGUAUGCGAUUUUAAAUAAAAAAGUAAAAAAUAAAGUUAAAAAAGGGAGAAUAAUUUUAUUUACAAACGACAAAAAGAUGCAGUCAAUGUGUUUUAAAAUAAACGUAUUUUAUCAAAAUUGUUGCGUAGAAGAGAACAAUAAAAAUAAAAAUAGUGCUAAGUUAUAUGUUUUUAGUGAUAACUUCUUAAAUAGAAAGAAAAAUGAUAAACAAAAGAAUAAGAAAGCAACAGAUAGCUAUGAAUUGUAUGCUUUCUCGAAAACUUUUCAUUUUUAA